CGCGGCGGGCGGGCUCCUCCCACGUGCGGCGGCGCGGCGCGGCGCGAGCACACAUCCCGCACGUAGCCGGCGCGUUAAUCGCGGUGGGGCCAUCUGUCGCCGCGGUCCAUUUACCGGGUGGCAGCUACCGGGCGCGGUCCCCGCACGGCACCUGGAGGGUCCCCGCACGCCGCUCGGGCUCCGGUAGCGGCAGCACCAGCAUCGCGGAGCCGCGGCAGCACCGCCGCCGCGGAGCGCAGCCCAGCCCAGCCCAAAGUUUUGCCUCAGCUUCGCCCGGCCCCGCACCCCCCCCCCCCCGCGGAGCCCUUGCCCGGCUCGGCCUGGAGCCGGCGGCGGCCCGGCCGGCAUCGCCUCCCGACGCGGGGGCCGGCAGGGUAGCGUCGCCGCCCGUCCCCGCAGCGCCAUGCCGCUGGGGCACAUCAUGAGGCUGGACCUGGAGAGGAUCGCCCUGGAGUACGUCGUGCCCUGCCUGCACGACAUCGGCUUCUGCUACCUGGAUAACUUCCUGGGGGAGGUGGUGGGGGACUGCGUGCUGGAGCGGGUGAAGCGGAUGCACCGCGACGGGGAGCUGGCCGACGGGCAGCUGGCCGGCCCCAGCCGCGGCGUCGCCAAGCGGCAUCUCCGCGGCGACCAGAUCAAGUGGAUCGGGGGCACGGAGGAGGGCUGCGAGGCCAUCAACUUCCUCCUCACGCUGAUAGACCGGCUGGUGAUGUACUGCGGGAGCCGGCUCGGCAAGUACUACGUGAAGGAGCGAUCCAAGGCUAUGGUCGCUUGCUAUCCUGGAAAUGGAACUGGGUAUGUUCGUCAUGUGGACAAUCCAAAUGGCGACGGGCGCUGCAUCACCUGUAUUUAUUACUUGAACAAGAACUGGGACUCCAAGCUGCAUGGUGGAAUUCUUCGGAUAUUCCCAGAAGGAAAGUCCUACGUAGCAGAUGUUGAGCCAAUUUUUGACCGAUUACUGUUUUUUUGGUCAGAUCGAAGGAAUCCACAUGAAGUCCAGCCUUCUUAUGCAACCAGAUAUGCCAUGACUGUGUGGUAUUUUGAUGCCGAAGAAAGAGCAGAAGCCAAAAAAAAGUUCAGGAAUUUAACCGAUGCAAGGAAGAGAGAAGCACCUCUUAAUGAAGACUAAUCAACUGUUCCUGAACUCUUUGUGAGGAAAUAAGAUCCCAAAGAUGACUUCCAUUUCCAGCAAACAAGGGCAAAUUCUUGUUGUGCACAAGAACGCGCUGGUUGUGUCUAGCACGUGCAUCUUAUAUUGAUGGUACUUAAGGCAGCCUCCUGUCAUGCCUGCAUCUGGCAGAAGGAACACUUGUUUUCUAUUGGCCUUUUGCUGGAAAAAGUAACCAGGGUUUAAAAAAAAAAAAAAAAAAAAGAGUAUCACUAAGCCUAGUGGUAGUGGCUCACCAACUGGCUUUUGGUCACUCUUGUAACCAAGAUAAUGAUCAUUGGAACUAGUGGUAAAAAACUGAGUCUUAUUUGCACUUUAUGGGGAGAAAAAAAUAAUCUAGCUCAAGGGGAAGGAGCUUUACAAGUGUAAAAUCUGUGGCAGACUGCUAAUGGGCAAGGAGAGAUAUUGGAAAUGUGAAAUUAAACUGGAUUUUUCUUAUGGUCUGUCCCACAUGGGCCUGUUGAUGUACUGAUCAUCGCUUUGCUGCAUAGAGCAUUGACUCAGCUCUUUGAUAGCACGAUCGUCCAAACAGAUUUUUUUUUUUGUCUACACAGUCAUCGCAUUUCCUGGAUAUUGUUUGCUUUUCAAGAAUCAAUCUCUAGCUGUGCAGUUGUGCUGCCCUUUCUGCCCCAGGACUGAGGGGGAAAUAUAGUUAUGCAUCUGUCCACAACUUCGUAAAACCAUUUCCUUUCUGUUCGGAGCGGGAUGGGUUUUACGUUUUAUAUUUUCAUGGUUCGGUAAAGCAGCUGUUUUCUCCCAAAAGUCUGGUAAACUUUGAAGGCUGAUGGCACGCAAUGCAUUGGCACUAAAGGCCUAUGAUAUGUAGAGUUAAGCGUUAUUUUUGUGACUUCUCCACCUACUAUGUUUUGUAUGACAGAUAUGAAUCUGAAAGGAAAAGAUACGUCUGGCAGUCUGACAAAUGUAUGAUAAAUAAUGGGUAACUUAAACUUGAUUUCUAUGCUGCUUAUCCUUAGUUAACACACUUGUUUAACUUUGCAUGUGUAUGUAAUUUGAAUGAAACAGCGAUUCGGUUAUAAUUGAUCUGUUACGCCAGGUAACUACUGCUGCUGUGCCCAAGCUGUGAGAUCAGGGUUAUUCAAAUGGCAAAGCACAUAUUAUUUUUUCUCCAUUGUUUUUUAAAAACUUAUUAGACUCAAUGAGUAAGUGGCGAACUAUGUCCAAUCUGCCUAAGCUUCUACAACCAGCACUUACUAUGCAGUUCAGAAUAGCUCUUAAUGAAGCUGGGAGCUGGCGGUGGAUGUGUUUAUCACUCAGACUAAUUGUUCUCAACCUAAUACACUCACUCGCAUGCGUUUUCGUCUCAUGCCGUCAGUGUGUCUGUCAGACCCUACUAAAUGUUCCAAAUAGGUGUCCUCGUCUGUGUCCCGUGUUUUCUCGUGCCACCUGGCCGCAGUGGUGAAGGUGGUGGUGGUCUGUCUGAGCCACCAGCCCCCGCACCAGUUCCACCACACUGGGCUAGUGGUGGGUCUGCGGGCCAGCUCUGCUGCAUUCGAGCUAGGGAAUGAAAAGGUAGUGUGCAAUGGCAAUUAUUAAACACCAGCGACAGAAGGGUAACAGCUGAAUAGGACAGAAAAAAGGUAACUUUCAUGACAUUAAAAAUGGUAAUAGAAAUGGAGUAUUUUUUUAAGCGUUCUGUCUCUAAAAAAAAAAAAAAAGGCAAAAAAACCCCAACAGCUGAGCAUCCUACAGACCGUCCUUGAAUUCUGAAUGUAAAUACGGUAGCGCUAAGAAACCCCUCAUUCUCCCUGGCUUCUCCCAGAGAUCCAGCCUACAGUCUUAUGGGCUGGACUUUGUUCAGCCUGACCACUGUGCACCUUAAGAGAGGAAUAUGAGGGAACACAUGUGACAAAUAUUCUUAUAACUCAAGACUAGAAAAAGACAAAUAAUCUGAGAAAUGCCCUUUAAUGUUAGCAAAACCAUUAUUCCACUACAGUUGCUUCUAAGUAGCACAACAUAGACUUGAAGGAAACUUAUUUAAGAAUAACUUGAAAUUCUCAUUCUGUUCAUGUUCGUGUGGGAGGAGAAAGAGUUAGGGCUCUUCCCUGAGAGUGAGAGGUAACCCUUUGAAAGACGGUAGGUGUUGAAAAAGGGGGGAGACAGGAUUAUUAAAGGGGGAGGGACCCAACCCGUUGUAUUGCUAUGCGAAGUUGAUAAUGGCACGUAAAUUUGAAACUCCUACGUGAUUUUAAAGAGAGCAAAGACAGCUAAAGGAGCAGAGCAAGUCUUGCUUUGCCUUUAGAAACUGUAACCUUAAAAAAAAAAUGCACUAGAAAGAGAUGCUAGUACACAUCUCACUGGAGCCUAGAACAGUGGAAAAACGAUGGGGUGAGAGGCGAAAGGCUUUGUGGAAAAGUUGAAAAAGAAAGGUACUUCAGUUACCACUAUUGCUACCACUGGGCUUCAGCAGUGGUCAGCAGCGCGCGUGUGGUGGAUGGAGCGUGGAGCAGUAUCGAUGCAUUUAUUGUAAAUAAAGUACAUAUUUUCAUUUUAGCCAAUAUCUUCCUGAUCUAGAUAGAGGAGAGGGCAAUUAUUCUGUGGCAGAGAGCAUUAUCUUUUUCUUUAUUAACACGUAUCAUUAAGUACAAAAAAGUUGAGGGCACAAGAUUUUGAAACCAAUUCCUCAGUCCUGUUCCAGGCCUUUACCCUGUUUCCAGAUCAGUGGGAUGAUCUCCUUGAAGGUGCUGUAGUUUAUCUGGGGCUGUGGGUCAUGUAGGAAUCCACAGGCUUGAUGUUUUCUACACAGAUUUCUCUUGCCUGUCUCUGGAGUUGUUGCAAACUGCUCUGCAAGAAUGAAAUUGCCUGAAGAACUGUGGGGGAAGCAGGCUGCUGCAGAAGGGACAGCAUUUCAGGGAGACUCUUGCCUUGUGUUUUGUCUUCAUGGCAAACUGUUUGAACCAUCUAUGUCUGAACAGUUGCGUUUCACAACACCCAGUUGUGAAAAGGAGUGUUUUCUCUAAGGCAUUUAAUUUUCAGUCCUCCAAAAGUUUUAUUGGGUCUUUUCAAUCUCUAGGUAAUGUGCCUUCAUCAUUCGUACCUGUGAAGAUGUUACGUGCUACAUGUGCGUCAUGCAAGUUUCUCAUGGGUCUUGAAGAGAUAUUGUUGCCUUUCUAAAUGCAAUUGCAUUGAAAAAUAUGCAGACCCACCAAGCCACGAUUUCUGACAGGUGAUUUUUGUUGUGCAGGGAGGAGAAAGGCCAGGUGACAGUACUGAAAAUCAAGAGAAUAUUUUUAUUCUUAAACCUGUAACCACUGGCCUUUGGAGCAAAGUAGCCUCUAAUAAAUCUUAUUUUUGCUAGAUUACUUCUGGUUCUAUGAGGAAUGGCCUCUGCAAAGUAGUGUCUAAAAAGAUCCACUCUUUUUUCCUUCUCUCUUUAAACGGUUUUAGUCCUUUCCUAUUGCGUUUUUUAAAAUGUUGGAAUAUAUUAUAUGUAUUUGUUUUUGUUGCAAAAUAGCUGGCUCUAACACGACUUGCAUCUAGAAGAAAAUGUGUCUAUUUGCAGGCAAAUAACUAGUUCUACUUUGACUGUGCUGUACUCCCAGCAGAUAUCUGAGAGUGAGUUAUGACUACAUCUUCUCUUGUCAGGUUGUAUGCUGGUCAACAAUGCUGGCACUUUGCAUCUGAUUGAUAUAGAAACCCCUAGUAGUAUUUUACCAUACAUCACAUUUUGUGUUCCUGUUACUAUUAUAGAAAAAAAAAUAAUAAUGUGGCAGGAGUCAAUAAAC